AUGCCUCAACUAAUACCUUUCUAUUUUAUGAAUUUAUUAACAGGUGGUAUAUUAGGUAUUAGUAUAUUAUUAUAUUAUGUAGCUACUAUAUUAUUACCUAAUAUAUUAAGAUUAUUAAUAGCACGUAAUAUAAUAGUAAAAUUAUAA